AUGUCAGCAGCCGAAUACAAAAAGAAGUUAUACGAUAUCCAAAGAACAGGAGAAAAUAAGAAUUGCUUUGACUGUCGAGCACCCAAUCCUCAGUGGGCCAGUAUUUCCUAUGGCAUUUUCAUCUGUUUGGAUUGUUCAGGCAUCCACCGCUCGUUUGGUGUUCAUAUUAGUUUUGUUCGUUCCAUCACAAUGGAUAAGUGGUUUGACGAUCAAUUGAAAAAGAUGGAGCUGGGAGGAAAUGAAAAGGCAAGAAUCUUCUUUGAAUCUCAACCCGAUUAUUCAUCUGAUAUGACCACACAAGAAAAGUAUCAUACGCAAGCUGCUGAAUUGUAUCGUGAUAAGCUAUCAGCAGAGGCAGAGGGCCGUCCUUGGACACCUACACCAUCGAUCCGAUCUGCAAAACCACCCACAGCAAGCAGACAAGGUGGUGGCACUCGCUCUCUGAGUAACCAACAACGCUCCAGCCUUUCCAGUACACAACGCUCAAAUUCCUCCAUCUCCAUGUCGGGUGGAUUUGGUAGCGAUUCUUACAAUAACAACAAUCACAGUGGUACCUCAUUUGGUAGCCAUGGAGACGAUGAAGGAGUGAGUAAAAAGGUGCGCAACGAACAAUAUUUCGCUCAACUGGGUAAUGCAAACGAGAGCAGACCAGAGCAUUUGCCCCCAAAUCAAGGAGGUAAAUUCACAGGGUUUGGUAAUCCUCAAUUUGACGAUGAAUACGCUGCUAGAAGAAGCGGCAACAAUGCACCUUCUGUGGACAUUCAUGAAAUUAUCAAUGAUCCUCGUGUCGCUAUUGAAAAGGGCUGGUCUCUCUUGUCCUAUGUUGGUAAAGCGGCUGUGGAGCUUGGAAAAUAUGCAAAUGAUACAUAUGUGAGACCUGCAGCAGCUCAAUUAGCUGAUCCUAAUUUUAGAGGCCAAGUAAGGGAUAAUGUCAGCAGUUAUGUGAGUUUAUUUACGCAACCCAAGCAAAACUCAUCUUAUGGCCAAUCUAGUAACUCGUAUCAAGGCUUUGGCAACGACUCGGACUCCUCAACACCUUCUCUACGCUAUUCGGGUAUGAAUUCAUCCCAUACAACUGAUAUUCCCGAUGACGAUUUCUUCAAUGCCACGAUUCAUAACUCACAGCCCACCGAAGAGAACAUUAGUGGGAGACAUACACCAACUUCUGCUGCCAAUACGCCUCCAGCAAAAAACAGGUCCUCUACCCAUUCAAGUUCAGUGCGCGCAAGAGCUAAUUCAUCAACCAAAAAGAAGGCAACAGCUGCUAAUUCAGAUGAUGAAUGGGGCGCCUGGUAA